GAGAAGACUCGUGACAGCGUACCUUCGCCCUAACCAGUCAACUUGAACGGUUAGCCUAAAUGUGUCAAAUGAUAAAUACUGUACUCUAAUAAUGACAAAUAAGGCCACCAAAUUAAAUUGGAUAUCGGAUUACAAUGACAAGCGUUGUUGCUGGAAUAGCUUCCAAAGCCCCUUGAUGCGAUGGCAAACAAAUUUCACCGGUAUCUACGACGUAUGCCUACAACAGCUUAAAAAUGGGCAAGCUUACCCUUUUAAGUCGAUAAGCAUAUUAGAGAAAACCAUAGACAAAUUGGGCAUUGAAUAUUUUAUUUGGCGGCACUUUGGUAUUCUGGAGUUUCUUUUUGGAAAUUAUCUGAGCCGUUGGGAUGGGUCUAAAUGGUACAAGCUAUGGGAAAUUGCUUCAAAAGACUUGUCAUAUCUACACCCUUGAAAGAUAAAUCACUCUCUCUGGGACUCGCAAUUACUAACAGUGUUGACCUCAAAAUAUCUCAGCCAAUGGACAGGACAUUUGCCUACAGCCCCUUAUCUCCUCGUUCUCAGACUAGCAGGUCUGAAGUAUCUAAUGUGCUACAGAAUAACCAAGUGCGUUUGGAUAACCGUAUGAACCAUAGUCCCCAUCCGAUUCAUUCCACCCGAGUUCCAGCGAACAUGGAAAUAGCUGUUUCACAUUCGUCCGAAACGAAAACCUCAAAUGAAUGCAAGAUUAUCAAAAAAUACACGAAACCGACUGAGUCACGACGAUUUAUAGCUCUUUUUGAUUACAAUGCUAGAACUGAAGAAGAAACGUCUCUGUGUAGGAGGGAUGAUGUCUUAAUACUGGCUGAUGAGGAUGCGGACUGGUGGCUGAUACAGAACUUAAGUUCAGGUAGAAAAGGAUACGUCCCGAGUUCAUUUGUUGCUCUGAAAGGAUCAGUUGAAGCUGAAGAAUGGUUUAUGCCUAAAUUGUCUCGUAAAGACUCGGAAAGGUUGUUACUACUUGAAGGUAAUUCACAAGGCGUAUUCUUGGUACGUGAAAGUGAAACUAGUCAAGGUUCCUUAACUUUAUCUGUAAGAGACGAGGAACGCGGAGUAUCCGGUGUUACAAAUACAGUGAAACACUAUCGUAUAAAACAUCCAGAUUAUCGAUAUUAUUAUAUCACAACUAAGUGUAGUUUUUCUAGUCUUCAAGAAUUAGUUCAGUUCUAUUCAGUUGAUUCACAUGGAUUAUGCUGUAAACUGACAAGAGCAUGUCUGCGUCCUCCGCCAAUAACAUCUGACUUAUCGGUUAAAACAAAAGACCAAUGGGAGAUACCUAAAUCGUCUAUAGUUUUAAUUGAAAAACUUGGAGCUGGACAAUUUGGUGAAGUUUGGAAAGGUACUUGGAAUGGAACUACAGAAGUGGCUGUCAAGACAUUGAAACAAGGUACAAUGACUAAAGAUGAAUUCCUAAAAGAAGCUCGAAUUAUGCGUGCAGCUCAACAUCCUAAACUAGUCCGAUUAUACGCUGUAUGCACAGAAGAUCCUAUAUACAUUGUUACUGAAUUAAUGUGCAACGGUAGUCUAUUACAGUAUCUUCGUGAAGGUGCUGGAAGAAAUUUACAGCUCAAUUCUCUAGUUGAUAUGAUGGCUCAGAUCGCCAAUGGAAUGGCAUAUCUAGAGAAAGAGCAUUAUAUUCAUCGUGAUUUAGCUGCACGUAAUAUUCUAGUCGGAGAGAAUAAUUGUGUAAAGAUAGCUGAUUUUGGUUUAGCGCGUAUGGUUGAAGAUCACUAUUCCACGUAUAUGGCACAGAAGAGUACAAAAUUCCCUAUUAAAUGGACAGCUCCAGAAGCUGCAUUGAUGGGUCGAUUUACAAUUAAAUCAGAUGUUUGGUCAUUUGGUAUUGUUAUCUAUGAGUUAAUAACACUUGGUCAAGUCCCAUAUCCAUCAAUGAAUAAUACUGAAACACUGCAUCAAGUUAGUACAGGUUAUCGUAUGCCACGUCCAGCUAAUUGUCCACAACCAAUUUAUGAUAUGUUAUUACAAAUAUGGGAUAGUUGUCCAGAGAAACGACCGACAUUUGCAUUUCUUUUUGAAUUUUUUGAAGAUUACUUUGUUACUUCUUCAGAUACAAAUUAUAAGCAUGCAGCGACAAAUUCGUCUACAAUUGCCUCGAACGCCAUCGCGACUACGGGUAUGCCUAUGUCCAGCUGUAAUGCUGCUUCUUCUGCUUCUGCUGUUAAUCAUCAUCAUCCUCAUCAUCAUCACCACCACCAUCAUCAUCACACCGAGUUGGCAUCAACAACUCCACAACAAACACCACCACUAUCAACAAGACCAACGACAGUCACCUCAUCGAAUAUUAACGGUAUUCAUUCAGUUGUCUCCAAGUGCUGUAGUGGACGCUUACUUAAAGAUAAAUUGCAUCAGAAUACUCAUUGAGGAAAAAGCAUACAUCAAAAGUUUACAUAUUUUCCACUACAAUUAUCAAUUAUUUUCUUCUUUGGUUGGUUGUGCAAUUCACACGCCUACAAAUUGUGAUUAUAAUGCAUUCGAAUUCUACACAAUCUACCUGUAAUCAGAUUUAUUUAUAUUUGUAUUAUUUGUUAAUUUCGUUGUUGUUGUCGUCGUCGUCGUGAUGGCCGUCGGGGGGUGUCUAUUGUUAUGCUACCCUUUAUUAUGCAUUUCGCGUUGGAUAAUCUCUGUGUGUGUGUCUCUUGCCUCUUCUGCACUUGAAUCUCGUCCAUUGUGAUUUAUAAUAUACUCUUUUUUCUCUUUUAAAAUUCUAUAAAAAAUAUAUGUAGGCGACAGAUUAAGUAUGCAUUUUUGUUGUUGUUACUGUUGUGUAGACCGACAGUUGAAUGUGAUACUGUCAGACCGACUAAUCCGUCACAUAAUUGUAAUUCCGUAAAUGUUUGAAUAUGACUUAGUAACAUAACACUUAUGCUCUGUCUCUGCCCCCCUCAUACAGUGUCAGUUAUACAUUUGGAAGUUUGUGUGUAGCACUCACUGUAGUAGUAGUAGUUGUUGUCGUUAUGGGCGUUACGUUGAUGUGUGUGUGGGUGCGUGUGUGUGUGCGUGCGCGCGCUUGUGUAUUCUGCAUACCAACUCAGGGUUAUUAAAAUAAAAGCAUUUCACUUGGUUAUUUUUUAUGAUAAUUUCAUUUAAUUGAUGACUGUACAAAUUAUUAUUAUUUUAUUGCCUAUUUCUCCUCAUUGACUUUCUUAUAUUGUACUUAGUUUAUCUGUCUUUAUCUCGCUUGUAAUUAUUAUUAUUAUUAUCAUUAUUAUUAUUAUUAUUAUUAUCGUUUGAUUAUAUAUAUUUUUACCGGAAAUCAUGUUUUAUAUGUGUAGUUAUGUGUGUGUGUGUGUUUAGAAAGCAUUUAAUCCACCCUCCGGGGGGGGUGUUGGGGUGCUCAGAGGCAGAGAAUAUAUGUAUCUCUUAUGUAAUCUAAUCAUCAUUUAUUCACUGUACUGUUUUUUUUCUCAUAAAGUUAUUUUCCCUUUAUUUUUCAAGAUGAAAAAGGCAGAUUGUUCUAAUCUCAACUCUCUUAGCUUAGCCUGUGCACGGUGUUGAACUCGAUGUUAAUUAGACCUUUCUAUUUGUCAUUUCAGAUAUGACUGAUUAUGUACAAGUGUAUAUUUAUUAAUUAUUAUUAUAUGCAGUUUACUUAUUCAGUAUCAUAUAUUCUUAUGAGUUUACAAAGAAAUAGUAUUGAUAGUGAGUGAGAUGAUAAUAUAAUAAUUGUGAUGAUUCAUUAAUAUACUACUUAUUAAUAUUAUUAUUUUGUUUUGACGAUGAACAGAUUUCUCCUCUUUUUAUGUGUGUGUUCCUUUUCUUUUUUCAUUCACUUACUUAAUCUUUCUUUUUGUUUCAUUGACCGAAUCAGCUGAUGGUGAUAAUAAUAAUAAUAACGGUGAUUCGUUUAUAUACAUGUAUUCUAGGACAUUGAUUAUUACAAUUAUAUUCAAAAAAGAGAGCUUUCCUUCUCUGUUUCAUCUUGUGUCCUAGAGAACUUUUUUACUAACUGACUCGGCGAUUGCCCGUUAGGUGCAUUCAUUCCCUUGUCGUCGUUACACAGUCUCCCCGAUGAUGUUGCUCAACGGUGUCUUCCCAGCGUCUGUCCAACCUAUGUGCAUUUCCUUCGGCAUUUCGAAUAGGUGAUGGGCUCUUGGUGCUUUCUAGAGUUCCUGUCCAUGGAGCUGUGUAGUUCAUUAGGUUAGACUGUUGAUUUCCAACUAAGUGGGUCACGAGUUCGAGCUCCACUUCACCUGCCGAGAUUUCAGCAGUCAGUUAGUAGUACGCUGUAUGCUAUUGAUGGGAUUAAUUAGUAGUAUGUAAGAGACGUUCAUCGGCUUAAAAAAUAUUAAUUAGCGG